AUGGCAGACACAGAUGAGAUAUACAAGACAGAGCAUGAUGCGGGUGCGGAGGACGGGCCAGUGGGAGACGGUCAGGAUGUGCAAGAACUUCCCGAGACGUCGGCGGGUGAACCUCCAAAGAAGCGUCGAAGGGUAGUGAAACCGAAUCCUGAUAAGAAGUUCGAAUGCAAGCAUGAGGGAUGCGGUAAAAGCUAUUCCCGUGCAGAGCAUCUCUACAGACAUCAGCUCAACCACACACCAAAGACCAUCUAUCGUUGCGACUUCCCACAGUGUAACAGAUAUUUUGUUCGGCAAGAUCUGUGUAUCCGUCACAGAGAGCGACACACCACUCAUGGAUCUCAGCUUCACAAACGAGACACCUUCACGCCUUCCUCCGCUGCCCAGCCGGUACAACCACAGCAUCAGGUAGGUCAGGGUGGCACCUUUCCUAUGGCUGCCCCGAGUUUGAAAAGCCCUUCACUGGAAGGUCAGAAACCGUCUGGUGUGCCGCCCAGCUACCCCAGCGACCCGCAAUUCAAACAACCCGCUCAGAUGGCUGGCCACACAAUCUCACCGUCCGCUGUGUCCGCAGAGCCCCGCUACCAACCUCAGACUCCACAAGGCGUGAUGAACACACAGGAGCCAUCCUUGCAUCGAACAAGUAGCACAAGCAGCAACCCCUUGAGUCCCUCACAGAAACAAGAACUUGUGUCAUGGCAGUCUACAGCCCGAAGACAAAGCUUUGCUGGGGAUAUGGGCAAUAAUGCUGGGUCAUUCAGCCACAACCAAUCAAGAGACCGUAGUUCCAUCAGUGGCAUACCUGAAUCUCCUGCUCAGCAGUACUCGAGCACCAACGGCGCCACCAAUGGAGCCGUGGUCAGGUCAUAUUCUGACUCGAAUAUCAAUCGGACCGGUUCAAACGGCUACAUGCAGCCAGUUGACAUGGUAACAACAGCAUACUCCAAUGGCUCUUAUCAAGCAUCCGUCCCCUCGAGAGCAGCUGACGCCGCUUUCGCCGCAGCUGUAUCCCACGGUCUUACAACAAAUGACCAGUAUCCUUACCCACUUCUCAACAACAGCAUGUCUACUAUCGACAUGGGUGCUGGCUAUGGGUUUCCCGUCUUCGGUGGGGAAGAGUACACCCACAAUCCCUUCGCAGUUGCCGAUGACUUCACCCAAUGGCUCUUCAAUGAUGCUAAUUCUGGGUCGAACAGUUUUUCGCCACCCAACUAUAUUCCAGGCUUCAGUGGUCAUGAGCCUCAACUAGUAACUCCCUAUUUCUCUCAAAGUCCGACCACGACGGCGAAUCAUACCUUCUCCACGCCUGCCAUGCAACAUCCCAUGAACAUCACGAACAUCCUCGGUGCAACUGGAAACAGUAAUCACAUAAUGUCUGAGUCCAAAAGGCAAGAACUUAUCGAACUCAUGUUGGCGCAGUUUAUCGAACGCCCUCACGAUGCAGUGAAAAAGAGAAAAGAUCUGGUGUUCGAAGGUGAUCUCGAUGCCGAUGGACACAUUCUGAGUCUGAGAAUGAUGCACACUUAUAUAGGAUCGUACUGGUACCAUCAGCAUGCUCAGCUACCUAUACUGCACAAGCCCACCUUCUCUGCGGAUCGCACACCAAACUUGUUAUUGCUCAUUGUCGUUGCAAUCGGAGCCGCAACGUUGGACAAGGCCCAUGGAACCUCCCUGACCGAUUCUGCGGCCGAGUUUGCCAAUUUCGUCGCCUGGCACAUACGAUGGGAGAUUGUUCGGGAUGCUGACUUCAGACCUCCCGCUAAACUCUGGGUUUUUCAGACCCUGUUGCUGAUCGAGGUAUAUGAGAAGAUGUAUGCUACAAGAGCUCUUCAUGAACGAGCACAUAUACACCACGAUUCAACUUUGACCUUGAUGCGAAGAGGCAGCUCGCUCCUAGGCCGUUCCGCUUCAGACUCACCACCAAGCUUGCGGGGCGAGCAGGACAAUGGCAGAAUCGUCGUCCCCUUUACAUCCUCAGAACCAACCAAAUCUGAAGAGUCAUGGCAUCGAUGGAUUACCACCGAGGCAACCCGUCGUGCAGCAUUCGGAGCAUUUGUCCUUGACUCAAUACAUGCAACAAUGUUCGGACAUGCCGCAAAAAUGGUUGCGCAUGAAAUGCGACUACCUUUGCCAUGUGACGAAGGUUUGUGGUCAGCCGUCUCCCCCGCUGAGGCGGGUCGGGUACAAUCAUCGUUGCAGACCAACGGUGUCAAGCCAACUCUAUUUUUGGAUGGCCUGAAGAGGACUCUAAACGGUCAGAGAGUGCGCACAAAUUCUUUUGGUCGCACCAUCAUCAUGGCUGGCUUACUAUCUGUAUCCUGGCAUAUGACACAGCGAGAUCUGCAAAUCUCCUCGCUCGGCCCCCGUACGGCAACCUCGUUUGGAGGCCCGGAUAAAUGGAAAGGAGUUUUGCUUCGCGCAUUCGAUAACUGGAAGCGAGACUUCGAUGAGGCUCUUGCAGAAGCUACACCAACACCGUCCUCGCCUCUACGCGCUCCAAUCACACCUGUUCAAACAUUCAUCCGUCCUGUCGAUGACGAAAACAUCUUUGAGUCACGAACCGUUCUACACCAUCUUGCCCAUAUUGCCGCUCAUGUUGAUGUAGUCGACUGUCAAGUAUUUGCUGGAGCAAAUCGCCUGUUAGGCAGAUCUAUAACUCCUAAGGAUUAUAGCGUAAUUCGUGAGAAGAUUGAGCGAUGGGCAACCAAGGCCUCAGCCCGCGAUGCAGCAUUUUAUGCGCUGAAGUUUAUCUCCCAGGUGCUUGUGCCACCCGCCGAAGGUAUUGGCGUCGAUGGUAUCAACAGCCAUAUAUAUGGGCACGCGAGCCCGAUUCUUCCCCAAGCAUUCGAGCACAAUCAGUACAUCGCUCGAGACGAUUUUCUAUUGAAUCGGCCUUGGGUUCUGUAUAUCUCGGCACUAGUCGUAUGGUGCUACGGCUUCGCUCUCGAAGGCCCCAUUCAUCCGCCUCCACAGGACUCUGAUUUUGAAACGUAUCACCAGAAGGAGCGAGACAUGCGAGAUUACCUGGACCGUGUCGCUGGGGUGCGAGCCCCUGAUGAUCUAGAGAAUGUUAAAGGCAAAAAUCGCUGCCUGGGGCUCUUGAUGAUCCUGAAGGAAUCUUUCGAAAGUACGCGUUGGGAGCUUACACAUGAGGCCGCAGGACUCUUGGGUAACGCAUGCUUGAAACUCCGAGGUCUUGAGGGCAGUAAAAUUGUUGGACCUGGAAGCAAUGGCAUUUCAGAUGAUUUCCCGAAAAGGCCGCUACAUGGCCACACCAAUGGUCAUACACAUUUUGGAACUUAUCGAGACCAUGGCCGAGGACAGGUUUCGACUACUUUACGCUACUGA